CAGCCACAUGCAGUGAAAUUAUUAUUUGCAACUAACCGCCACUCACCGCAUAUUUGUUGCCUUGCAUGUGAUAUAACAAGUGAGCUAGCUGUGUAAAAAUCAAAUUCCUAAAAUUGGUGAAGCGCGUAGUGGUACAGCUUGCAACAGUACACCACAAUGCUACGCACCACAACCGGCGUUUUAGCAAGGCUCACAAUUAAUGAGUCGAAAACCAGUAGCUCCGCUUUUGCAUUGGAAUUCGUGCGUUGGCGCAGAAAGCCGCGUUGGUUGCCAGUGGCAAAGAGCAAACUAUAUCGCGUGCCCGAACGCAAGGAACAGAACGCGGAGGAAAAAGCUGAACUUGUGCGUUUGCAUAAUAAUUACAAGCUGCAAAUGCGCUCCUUACGACAGUAUCUUCGUGAAGAGGUCUUGCGUUUGAAUGUAACAACCACGGCUGAUCACAUUGUGUUAACACCGGAGCAGGAAGAAGCCGAGUUCGCACGUUGUAUGCAAGAGAACGAAGCAUGGAAUCAAAAAAUUGCAGUCGAAAGAAAUGAACGUUUGUUGAAAGAGCGUGAACGACAAGCAGCAGAAAUACGUGAACGCUUGGAAGCGGCACGUGUGCGUGAAGAGGAACGCAUGGAACGUAUUGAAGAAAUAGUUAGGCGUGAGAAAGAAUUGGCGAAAACAUUUAUAACCCAUGAAAAUCUUGAAACUGCUAUUGAACAGGCCUUAGCUAACCCAGUUGAUUAUAACUUCUCUAUAGAUUUACAAGGUAAUAUCUAUCGAGGACGUACCACUUUGCCAGGUGGUAAAGGUACUCCAGCCACCAGUGGCGUGCAAGAUACGGAAGUGCAACAAACAAUUGAAGCUAGUAAUUAGCGUCUUAGUGCUUUAAAAUUAUGUUCAAUUAAUAAAGUGCAAAAUAUAUUGAGCCAUAGUCAUACAAGUAGAAA